AGAGUAUUCUCUUUUUUCCCUUUUAUAUAAUAUUAUUGAUCAGAUACAGGAUUCGGAAAUGUCACUUUAUAUAAGCGAUUAAAAUUUGAAUAAUUCCUGUAGAAAAAAUAAUGUCAAGCAAUUAGACCAAAGGAUACAAAUGGAACUUCGGACAAACAAAUUCCAUUGGUUGCUGUAUUUCAUAAACGUCAAUUAUGUUGGAUUACGUGCUAUAAAUACUUAACUCCAGAAUCAACGUUUACCCACACUGCUAGCUAAUUACUAUUGUUUCUCAACAUAUAUACAUAUAGCGCCUUCUAGAGUCUAGAGUACUAUUUCCCUUGUGAAAAUGGGAUCACGAUACGAAGUUGAAGUAAAGAUAACUUCAGCCAACGAUUUGAAGAACGUCAACUGGCGUUACGGUCCCCUGAAGCCGUACGCAGUUGUUUGGGUUGAUCCCAACGCUAAAUGCUCUACUAAAGUCGACGAAGACGGCGAUACAUCUCCUUACUGGAAUGAAAAGCUCGUCGUCCAUUUGAAUUCUCCGAUCGACGAUUCCACCUUGUACGUCGACAUCGUUCAUGCGAACGCUGUCGAGGACACUAAGCCUCUCAUCGGAUCCGCUAAGCUUCCUCUUAGCAAGGUCGUCGAUGAUGUUGGCAUAGGUGGUGAGCUGGAGUACACGCUCCAGCUCAAACGCCCUUCUGGUCGCCCUCAGGGAAAGGUACAAGUGGAGGUUAGUGUACGAGAGCCACGCUAUCGUGCACCGGAUGCGUAUUAUGCACCUCCGUACGGUGUCCCGCCCCCGUCGCAACCUUACGGCAGGGACUAUGGUGCUCCGUACACUGCGCCUCCGUCUGGUUAUCCUUACAGCGCCACAACUCCUCCUUACGGGCAGCCGGGAGGAAGCUACGGGCAGCCGGCAUACGGGGAGGGAAGCUACGGGCAGCCAUCUGGUGGAUACGGUUACGAAGAGGAGAAAAAGAAGAGCAAGUUUGGGGGGAUGGGGACAGGAUUGGCUGUGGGUGCAGUAGCAGGGGUAUUGGGUGGAGUGGCGUUGGUGGAAGGCGUCGACCUCUUGGAGGACAAAAUCGCCGAUGACGUGGCGGAGAAGGUGGAGGAUGAUCUCGCCGACGACGAUGGUGACUACGGUGGAGAUGACUUUUAGGAAAUGUUCUUACAGUACUCUUUUGCCUAAGUUCCUUUUGGGUACUUUACUUUUCAAUUUGCUAAUAUUCCAAGAGUAUUUUUGACUCUAUAACAGUACAUUCUGAUAAUGAGUAGGAAAAAAAAAAACAAAAAAGGAGAAGGAAAUAAAUAAAGAUUAACAUGAAAGUAAAAGCCUAAUGUUCGAUGUAAUGUACUGUUGUGAAUGCAUAUAUUAUUAUGUGUGCUGUAUGUUUUAAGUAAGUGCUCUAAACUUGCUUUUGGCUUGGUUUUGGGAGUUUAUCCUCGAAAUAAUUUAGAGAACAAUACUCCCGGCCCUGUGAUUAUUAACUAUUUCAAGGAAAUUAUCAGUUAUCGUA